GCCGAAAGAGCCAACGACAAGCUGGAUAAACACUGUUGCUGUUCCAACUGCUGCAACGGUUCCUUUCAGAAUAAAAGCUGAACUAUCACGACCCCAUUUUGGGUCUUGUUUGAUGCCGAUAAACUGUCAUGACCCGGAAGUAUCUCAAGACUCGUGGUCGGCUGCCGCGGCUGUUUCUACAGGCUUCGGCUCCACAAAGGUCAAGCUGGACCUCUACACCUCCUGAUCUAGACGGGGACUUCCGCUAAAGGUACGUAGACUGACAGAAUGGCAUCGAAUGUGUUUAUGAAUCUCCUAACCAACGCUUAGCGCGAAGACAUCACCUUCAUUUCCCACCAGAACUAAUCGUUCCUUCAGAUUUGCUGGUUCUGAGCAACGUUCCACACUACACCAUUCUCCGUCUCAUUCACCUUAGUUACACCAUACAUUUAGUGUUAAAGUUAGUCUAGUUUAAUUUGUUUAGUAAUAAAUCUUUAAACUUUCAAAACUUGACUCUCUCUUCUGUUGUUUCUGAGUUAAUACGGAGCUGUAAUCUAAUCUCUGCAAUUAAAAGUUCCAAUCUUCUGGUAAAAACAGUACCCACAGAUCCAUAAGGUUGAUUUCAUAUUUACUAUGGAAUCUUAUGUCUUAUGGCUCAUUAAAUAAAAUGUAAAUUAAACCAUUACAGUAAGCAUGUGAUUGGUCUGUAGUUCUUAGGGUUUUUUGUGUCAUUGGUCUUGGGUAGCAGAUACUGUAUGUUAGACCCUGUGUUAGCCAGGUUGGGCUCUUUAUUGGUGUUUUAAUGAUUUCUGUGUAUUCUCUUGCAAGAUCUUCAUGUAUGAUUAUUAUUAUUUAUUAUUAUUAUUAUCUACUAAAUACUGAGUAAAUCUAUUUUUUGUGGUGCCCACAUUUAUUCACCUGCCUAAUUUUGGUUAUACAAUUAUUGCACACUUUCUGUAAAUCCUAUAAACUUUGUUUCACUUCUCAACUAUAAGUGUGUGUGUCUCCUAUAUGAUAUAUUUAACACAGGCUGAUGUAGUGUGAAUAUGAUCAGCCACCACCAGCGGAUCAAGGAACUCAUACUCUUUACUAGCUGGGGUAUGUAUGUCGCUUAAUGUGCUGACGUAAGUUAAAGACCCACCCUGGCAACUUGAUCCUGCGCAGACUCAGAAACAGGAAACAGGAAGUCACCGUCUUUGUCACCGCUUUGGACAAAACUUAGUCUUCAAACCUCUGGUGGAUACAGCCGAGUGGAUUUACAAUUUUGAGGUUGCUCACUUUCUGCUAGAGUUCAGCAAAAGAUGGCUCAGCACUUCAAUGAUCAACAGAAAGCAAAGUUUGUCGACGACAUGAGAGCAACUUUAAUACAAAGAAACACCGUGGUGAUGCCGAUUCUUGAUGAGCUUGGAAACAUGGUCCACCGAGAAACUUACUCAAGCAUUAAAGCUGAAAAAACUCACCAGGGUCAAAUGAGAAAGCUGUAUGAGACAAGUUUAUCUUCCACGGCGGUCAAAGCUGCUUUCUUUGAUUCCCUUAAAAAAAAUAAUCCGUAUUUAAUAGAAGACCUUGGUGGCUGAUUUUGCUGCAAUUGGAGCUCCUCACAUUUUUAUAUUUCAUAAUCUCUUCACGUUUUAUCAAUUUGAUGAAAUUUUUGAUCCUUUUUAUCCCAUUUGUGCACAUAAAAUCCAAACAUGCUGUUGAUUACUCAGAUAUAUGUUGCAUGACAUUAAAAUAAAAAUUUAACCAGUCAAAUUGAUUUUGUUUUUAUUUUGCAUCUGAAACUCAGGUAAUUAAAAUUAAUAUUUGCACCCCAGAGCAGCUGUAGCUACAUCAUAGCUCAUCCUCACCAGAGUGUGGAUGUGUGUGUGAAUGGGUGGAUGACUGAUUGUGUUUUGAGGCACCUUGGGGGGUUGUAGAACUCUAAGAAGACGCUAUACAAAUACAGGCCAUCCAAUGGUAAAUGGCCUGUAUUUGUAUAGCGUCUUCUUAAAGUUCUACAACCCCCCAAGGCGCUUAAAUAAAUCUUGUUUUUUAAAUUUUUGGUUUCACCAGAAGUGACACUAAUUGUUUAUCUUGUUAUUUAUCCACCUAAAGGGGGAGCCGUGGAUCCAGAGAGACACAGAGACAGAAUAAGAGGAUUUUCUGGUUCAAUCCCAUAAACAUAAACAGUCACCUGCACAAACUAAACCACUCUCCUGUACUAUCAAAUAUAUUAAUCAUUUAUUGCAACACUGGAAAAAACACAACUUGUCCAAUUGGUUCCUUGUGUUUCUCUUUCAUGUUGCUAAAACUGAUAAUAUAUUGUGAUUUUUAGCACUUUUUUUUCAUAGUUAAUAAAUAUAAUCAAGCCUCCUUUGAGUUGCGGAUUAGUUCCAGAUGCCUCUUGUAAGAGUUUGUAAGCCAUCUAUGCUGUGUGACAUCGUCCCAAGGUUUGACCUUUGUUCCAUUCACAGCUCCGUGUCCUUGACACGCACACACUGACACUAACGUAAUCCUUCGAGGUAAAAGUGUUUAAGUGUCAUGUUGUGCCAUCCCUUCUUCCGCAGCCCUACUUCCUCACUCCACCCUACACACCCAUGUCACUCCACCCCUUCCUGCUUUAAUGCUCCCAAUCCUCUUUGUGAGAUGGGAGAGUGACGUCUGCCACUGUCAGAAACAGAGUUAAGCCGAGCAGCCUGCAGGAGAACAGAGUGGAGAGAAGCACCUAUGGGAUGUGAGAAUGUCGGGCAGGAAACAAAUAUCUGACAACUAAACUAGACCUCGCCAAAAUCUUUAUUUCUUUUUUAUUUCAAGCUGAAGAAAAGGCAAAUCUGACAUUCAAUCCUUUCCUUGACUUUAAGGAUUAGAGUUUCAAACAGGAACAGGAUUUUCUCUUGAGGCGAAUAUUUUUAAAGCAACUUUUUAUUGCUGCAGAAUCUCGCUUUUUAAACAGGUGGUUCCUACCUUCAAGAUUUUCCCUGCAAACCUAAGGUUGCCAUGUUUUGUUCCUGACUAUUUACUUUCAAGCAUUUAAGAGACGUGAGGCUGAACUCCAAGCCUGAGCGUGUAAGUGAACAGCAAAGUGAGUGUGUCUCUCAGGACCUGCUGAUCCCUGUGUUUACGUGGAGUGGAAGGUGUGAUCCUGCUUGUUGAUAUGCAGUGAGAUAAAAGUGCUUGAUUGCUAGACAGAAAGGAGCCGGUGGAGGUCAGAAUCCUGGAUUCCCCAGAGAUGGAAGGACAGGUUUAUGACCGAUUUGCAGACGGUGACAGGGACAGCUACCAGAUUGACUACAGGAGGAUCGUGGGAGACAUGGAACCAGCACGGCCUUGCGUCCAAAACAGAGACGGGGAGCAGCCACUUCCCUUUCUGGGUCAUGCCCACCCAUCAUCACACGGACAUGGGCAUGAGACGGCAGCCCAGCGUUACAGCGCCACGAGAAUCCAAGCUGGAUACGAACCAGAGAACAUGGCUGACUACUUGAUCAGUGGGGGCACAGGUUAUGUUCCUGAAGAUGGACUCACAGCACAGCAGCUGUUUGCUAUCGGCGACGGACUGACGUACAAUGACUUCCUUAUUCUCCCUGGUUUCAUAGAUUUCACUUCUGAAGAAGUUGAUCUGACCUCUGCUCUGACAAGAAAAAUCACCCUGAAAACCCCUCUCAUUUCAUCUCCCAUGGACACAGUCACAGAGUCAUCCAUGGCGAUCGCCAUGGCAUUGAUGGGUGGGAUUGGAAUAAUCCAUCACAACUGCCCUGCUGAGUUUCAGGCCAAUGAAGUGCGAAAAGUCAAGAAAUUUGAGCAGGGCUUCAUCACAGACCCCGUGGUAAUGAGUCCUCAUCACACAGUCAGGGACGUGUUUGAAGCCAAGAGACGCCAUGGUUUCUCCGGAAUCCCAGUGACCGAGACCGGGAAGAUGGGCAGCAAACUGGUCGGCAUCGUGACCUCCAGGGAUAUCGAUUUUUUGUCUGAAAAGGACUAUGAUAGACCUCUAGAAGAGACCAUGACCAGAAGAGACGACUUGGUGGUUGCACCAGCUGGAGUCACACUAAAGGAGGCUAAUGAUAUACUGCAGCGAAGCAAAAAAGGUAAGCUCCCCAUUGUUAAUGAUGAUGAUGAGCUCGUUGCCAUCAUUGCUAGAACUGACUUGAAGAAGAACAGGGAUUAUCCUCUGGCCUCCAAGGAUUCUCGCAAACAGCUGCUGUGUGGAGCUGCCAUCGGAACCAGGGAGGAUGACAAGUACAGACUGGACCUCCUCAUCCAGGCUGGGGUGGACGUAGUGGUCCUGGACUCUUCCCAAGGAAACUCUGUGUAUCAAAUCAACAUGAUAAACUGUAUUAAACAGAAGUAUCCUGAUCUACAAGUGAUUGGAGGUAACGUGGUGACAGCUGCUCAGGCUAAAAACCUCAUAGAUGCUGGUGUGGAUGCACUAAGGGUUGGCAUGGGCAGUGGCUCCAUCUGCAUCACUCAGGAAGUGAUGGCAUGCGGACGGCCCCAAGGUACAUCCGUUUACAAAGUUGCCGAGUAUGCCAGACGUUUUGGAGUCCCAGUUAUCGCUGACGGAGGCGUUCAGACAGUCGGGCACGUGGUCAAAGCUCUUGCUCUUGGGGCAUCUACAGUGAUGAUGGGUUCUUUGCUAGCUGCAACUACCGAGGCGCCAGGAGAAUAUUUCUUUUCAGAUGGGGUGCGUCUCAAAAAGUACAGAGGAAUGGGGUCUCUGGAUGCCAUGGAGAAGAACAACAGUCAAAAACGAUAUUUUAGCGAGGGAGAUAAAGUAAAAGUGGCUCAAGGAGUCUCAGGAUCAGUACAAGAUAAAGGCUCCAUCCAAAAGUUUGUUCCUUACCUGAUCGCUGGGAUACAACAUGGCUGCCAGGACAUAGGAGCCAGGAGUUUGUCCAUCUUGAGGUCAAUGAUGUACUCAGGGGAGUUGAAGUUUGAGAAGAGAACCAUGUCUGCACAAAUGGAAGGGGGAAUUCAUGGUCUCCAUUCAUAUUCAUUUGUGCCAUUUACAAGAAGUGGCUUUACUGAAGCAGGAGGAAGAGGAAACACACGAUCUGGACCUAACGUCCCAUCUCCAGCUGCUAUGAGCAGAUGCAAUGGACGCAUGUGACCAAACUGCUAAGCACAACGCUGCUACCGGGUGGCA